UCGAUUGUGUUUAAGUUUGUUUAAGUUUGUUUAAGUUUGUUAUAUUACAACUUUUUAUUUGAUAAAAAAAUGUCUUCCACAAGAAUAUCGUUCAUGUUGUUGUUGAUUUGUUCAAUAAUGAUUUCAAUGGUUUUUGCUUCAAGUCCAUAUGGUAGUUAUGGUAGUUCAUCAAUGUAUAUGUCACCAAUAUAUUCAAGACAAUUAAAUCUUCAUCCAGGUAUAUAUGGUACAAGUUAUGGUUUAAAUCCAUCAUCAUAUGGUUAUCAUCAAAUAAUGAAUGGUGGUGGUGGUGGUGGUUCACGUAAUGGUCAAGGUUUUGUUGGUAAUCCUGGUAUUGGUAUUAGACAAUCAAGUGAAACAUUAGCUAAUGUUUAUCCACAAAUGUCAUAUGGUUCUAGUUCAACAUCAUAUUUAUCACCAAUGCAAUCAUAUGGUUUAACACCAUCAACAUCAACAUCAUUAAUGAUGAUGCCAGCUACUUAUUCAUCACCAAUAUCAUCAUUAUAUGGUGGUGGUGGUGUUGGUAUUAGUAGAUCAUCAUAUGGAUCACCAUAUAUAUCAUCACCAUAUAUUGGAUAGAUUAACUUUUACUUUCUACUUUCUUUCUUUCUAUAGAAUAUAAUUUAAAUCCAUUUAAUAUAAAAUCAAUCAACCAAUGAAUGAUA